CAUAACGGAAGUAGUCGCGUUUAUAAUCAUGGCGUCCUCCUGUCCACCGAGAGGCAACGUGAUCACUCGUUAAAAUGAGCAACUUUUGGUUUACUUGGGCAACCCAUAUCGGAAUCAUCUAAUUUCAACAUAUUCUACUAAAGAAAAUAAGUUUUCACUCCUGUACAUUUUCGUUCAAAGACCUGGUGUUUUGUGAUCAGCACAGAAAUGGCUUCAUUUAAGCCUACGAAAAUCCAAGUCUAUCCCAGACUUGGAGAGAAAGUCACACAAGACACACUGUACUGGAAAAACUACAAGGCUCCGGUCCAGAUAAAAGAAUUUGGAGCAAUCACAAACAUUGACUUCUCCCCUGUGGCUCCACAUAAUUUUGCUGUGACGGCGUUCACAAGAAUCCACAUUUACGGGCCGUUCUCCCAGGAGCCAGUGAAGACAUUUACACGGUUUAAGGACACUGCAUACUGUGGGAGGUUCAGGUCAGACGGUCAGCUGCUUGUGGCGGGAUGUGAGGACUCUGUAGUCCGGCUGUUUGAUGUCAGCGGCAAGGUGGCACUCAGGAUGUUCAAAGGGCACACAAAGGCUGUACAUGUAACGGACUUCACCUCAGACCGUUACCAGAUCCUCACGGGGUCAGACGACUACACCUGUCGACUUUGGGACAUCCCAAAUGCCACGGAGCUCAGCACCUACCCAGAACACACAGAUUACAUCCGCUGUGGUGUCACGAGCAAACUCAACCGAGAUCUCUUCAUUACUGGAUCAUACGACCACACACUGAAACUGUUUGAUGCCAGAGUGGAUAAGAGUGUGAUGACCAUGGACCAUGGCCAGCCAGUGGAGAGUCUGCUUCUGUAUCCUUCUGAGGGUCUCCUUGUCUCCGCAGGGGGGCGCUACGUGAAAGUGUGGGAUCUCUUAAAAGGAGGCCAGCCUCUGGCGUCCCUGAAGAACCAUCACAAAACUGUCACCUGUUUGUGUCUCAGCAGCAACGGACAGAGACUACUGUCAGGUUCUCUGGACAGGCAUGUAAAGGUGUACAACACAACCAACUAUAAAGUGGUCCAUAACUUUGACUAUGCUGCCUCCAUCCUCAGUCUGGCUUUGGCUCCGGAUGAUGAGUCCAUUGUCGUGGGUAUGACCAACGGUAUUCUGAGCAUGAAACACAGGAAAGGCCCUGAAGAGUCAAAGGAAAUCUCUGGCCAGCAGAAGCGACGGCCGUCAUAUCGUGUUUUUGUGAAGGGGAAGAACUACGUCCCUAAACAGGAUGAUUAUCUCAUCAGUAAGCCAGUGAAACAGCAUUUGGCCAAAUACGACAAGCAGCUCAAGAAAUUUAAUGUAUCUAAGGCUUUGGAUACAGCUCUGGAGACAUGGACAAGAUUCAGAAAACCAGAGAUCACAGUUGCUGUUGUUAAAGAGCUGGAUCGAAGAGGAACGCUGAAGAACGCUCUGGCGGGAAGGGACGAACAGGGGCUCUCUCAGUUGCUCAACUUCCUUAUAGGAAACUUGGUUGACCCCAGGUUCGCUCCUGUCCUUGUAACUGCGGCUGAGAUGAUCCUGGACAUUUAUCAGUCAGUAAUCGGCCAGUCACCAGUGGUGGACCGGCAGCUGCUGCGUCUGCAGGACCUGCUGGACAGAGAGAUUGACUACCAGCAGGACCUCCUGGAGGUGCUGGGCAUGUUGGACACAAUGUUCGCCUCCUCCCUCCCUAGGAAGGAGGUGCCAUGCUCCGGGAUCAGCAGGUCUAAUGGCCUGGCUCAGGGAGAAGCAAGACCAAAGCUCCAGGCCACCUGAGGCUUGUGGAGAGGGGGAGCUGCUUAAGACUGGGUUAGAGUACCUUUACAACUCUAAAACCUCUUUUUGAAACAUCAGACGCAGAUUUCCUGGCGUGUCAGGUUACAUGUCACCAAACAGAAACAUUUUGGUUACAGGUUUUAAGAGACUGACAAAACCCAUGGUCUCACUCUGGCGUUUUUUAACUCGCCGUGACUGACAACACAACAGACAACAAAGAGAACAUGCAUUUACUGAAUGAGGAAUCUCUGAAUGUGUGGAUGUAAAGCAAGUGUGUUGCUUUUAUUAGAAGUCCUGUAAUUAUACUUGCGUGUGAGUGAGUGAGUGAGCGAGCGAGCGCGAGCGUGCGUACUAUUGUGUAUUUGAAAGAUUUGACCGGUAAUGUCUGCUUUGUGUUUUCAUAAUAUUUGGCAUUGACAAAUGUUUUAUAAGCAGAUAAAAAUAAAUCUUUGUAAUAUUGAAA